CAGUAACAGUGUUACUUGCAUGGCCCACGCGGCAGAUGGAUGAAGUCAUCGAAGACUUGUCACCUAAAAAAAAAAAAAAAAAAAAAAGAAGUCAUGCAAGACUUGCAGUUGACGACGACCCUCGCGUCUUGGGAACACUUUGAUUCCACUCCGCUUCAGACGUUAACAAAACCCUCUCUGGAUUCACUGUCUUUGAGCUUCCACAUUUCAACUUGCAGAGAAGUUUCCAUCAUCGCUCACUUUCCGCCUCUAACCAACACGACAUGAAGGCAAGACCCGUUCGGACCACAAAUUAAACUACCACCUAUCUUGUUAAUUGCAUGGCAACUUCUAAACCACAGAAGAAUUCAGUCCCCCCUCACCUUGACCUAUCAACCCUCUCUCUCUCUCUCUCACACACACACACAUACUUGCAUUAUAGUCUUUUCCUUCAAGGCAUUCAUGGAACACAGCCUUCAUCCCUCUCCUUGAACCCUUCUCUUGACCUAUCAACUCUCUCUCUAAUAGUUACAUUGUAGUAUAUCUUCAAGGCAUUCACAAAACAAAUCCUUCGCAUAUGGACUACCAAUUCCUCUCCAUCCUCCUCUCUCAACUGUUCUUCUCUCUAAUCAACUCAUCUACUUGCACCAGAACCUUCAAAGAUUCUGUUACUUACUCUUCUGAUGAAACAACUAACCAACACCCGGCGCCAACAACACGUCCCUCCAUGCCCGAGUUGCUCCCUUAUCCUCUAUGGGUCAGCGUUGUCAUGUCCUUCUCCAUCGGCUUUGCCUUAGGCCCCUUCCUCUUCAUCCUCUGGAGACUCGCCAUCAGCCGCUGCCGUCGCAUCAAAACCAACAAAGAAGAGCUCGCGAGCUCUUCAUCCUCUGGAGACUCACCAUCAGCCGCUGCCGCCGACACCCCCACCGUCUUCAGCCCCAUGCUCAGGUCCAACAUCUCCUUCAUCGACAAGCUCCGACACAACAACUUCCCCUCCGGUCUCCAGGUCAUAGGCCGUGGCGGCUGCGGCGAGGUCUACAAGGCUGAGCUCCUUGUCUCCGGCCGGAGAAUCCCCAUCGCUAUCAAAAAAGUCCUCCAACCGUCCCUCGACGCCGCUAACCUCAGCGAAGAAGAGAGAAGGCUUCUCCGCUUUCAAAUGCGGCAAAUCCGGUCGGAAAUCCUCACCGUUGGCCGGAUGCGCCACCCAAAUCUCCUCCGCCUAUUGGCACACGUGCCGCAACCUGAGUGUCACUACCUCGUCUAUGAAUUCAUGCACUACGGCUCUCUGCAUGACGUGCUAAAGCGCGGAGCUCGCGAGCUGGACUGGCCAACUCGUUAUCGAAUCGCUCUCGGAAUCGCCGCCGGCCUCGAGUAUCUCCACAUGGUGCACCGGCCAAGAAUUAUACACAGAGAUUUGAAGCCAGCAAAUAUCUUGCUCGACGACGGACUAAACGCCCGGAUUGCCGAUUUCGGGCUGGCGAAGGUGGUGCCGGAUUUUAUCAGCGGACCGUUCAGUUCGGGUAACAUCGCCGGAACGGUGGGCUAUAUUGCACCGGAGUACUUCCAGACAUUAUCAUGCACGGAUAAGUGUGACAUAUACAGCUUUGGAGUGAUUCUGGCGGUCCUGGUUACUGGGAAAUUUCCAAAUGAUGUGUUCUUUCAGAUGACUGAUGAAAUGUUCAUCAUUGGAUGGGUGAGGAGUGUGUUACGAUCGGAUGAUCCAAAGGUGGCGAUUGAUCCAAAUUUGGUGGGGUGUGGGUUAGAGGAGCAGAUGUUGCUGGUGUUGAAGAUUGCUUGUUUUUGUACGUACGAUGAUCCCAGUGAGAGGCCUAAUAGUAAAGAUGUUCGGUGUAUGCUGUCUCAGAUAAAGCAUUAGAUUGACAAGGUUUCACUACUGUAUGGAAUAGAGAUAUUA